CGUGUUCUGUUCUUUCUAAAUUAUCCUGCUCUUUCGCGACGUCACUCGACUACACCUACACUACACUAGACUUACACGAUUCCCAACCACUAUACUACCUACUACCUCCCACCACCACCAGCAGCAGCCUCGGUCCCUUUUCUUCCCUCUUAUCGGUCCCACCACCGCCGCUUGUUUUACCCCGCGCUAUCCGAAACUCCGUGUCUUCUCUCGUCCUUCGCUGCGCCGUCCAUCCCGCACACGCAUCCCUGACGCACCCCUCUCCUACCCUCAUAUAUCACCGAAUUUGACACUGUGGUGUACGCAUAGUUGACAAUGGGCAAGUCACAGUCGAAGCUCUCCCCCGCUCAGCUGGACGAACUCCAAAAGGCGACACAUUUCGAUAAGAAGGAACUGCAGCAAUGGUAUAAGGGCUUCCUCAAAGACUGCCCGUCGGGCACCCUCACCAAGGAAGAAUUCCAGAAGAUCUACCGCCAGUUCUUCCCCUUCGGCGACCCGUCCUCGUUCGCGAACUACGUGUUCCGGGUAUUCGACUCGGACAACAGCGGAAUGAUCGACUUCAAGGAGUUCAUCUGUGCCCUGUCGGUGACCUCGCGGGGCAAGAUGGAGGAUAAGCUGGACUGGGCGUUCCAGCUGUACGACAUCGACGGCGACGGGAAGAUCACGUACGAUGAGAUGUUGGCGAUCGUGGAGGCGAUCUAUAAGAUGGUCGGCUCGAUGGUAAAACUCCCCGAGGACGAAGACACCCCCGAGAAACGGGUGCGCAAGAUCUUCCGCAUGAUGGACAAGGACGAGAACGGGAGCCUGGACAUGGAGGAGUUCAAGGAGGGGAGCAAACGGGACGAGACAAUCGUGAGCGCCCUCUCGCUGUACGAUGGGUUGGUAUAGAGCCAGUCCUCUUGCAUGUUGUUUUCUACUUUCUCUCUCCCCACUCGGUGAAACCGGCGCUUACCCGUUCUCGCUUUUUCGUCUUCUGCUACUUCAUGCCUGCCUGUUUUUUAGCUGUGUCGUGUGCGAUGUGGUGAGCUCUACGUUACGUUACGUGAUACAUGUAUGUUUUUUUCUUUUGUUGUUGUUGUUGCUGCUGUUGUUGU